AUGGAUUCUAAAGAUACAUUUAAUGAAACUGUUUCAACAAUAUUGGAACGUAAAGUACGUGGUUGGCUUAGUGGUGUGAUUGACGACAUGCGUCGCAGUAGUCCUGUCCAGCAAUGGCUUGAUUCUUUACCUAAUGAUGACAACACACAAUUGGAAACCAAUAUUGAUAAUACAUUAAUUGAUAACAAAAGUGAUGGUGACCCAGAAAGUGAAAACAAAGCAGAGGAAACAAUCACAGAUAAUACAGUUAUUGAAACUCAUAAUGACAUACAAGAAGACAGAAGUUUGGAAGUGCCAGUGCAAAAAGAAUGGAAAAGAAACUCCUUAGAGGGUGGUGUACUUAAUGCUCAACCAAAAAUUACUAAUUUGAAACUACAUAGAGAACGUUCAAUACAGUCUGAAGGUUGUUCACCGAGAAUGAAAAAUCCAUUGCUUAGAGAUCAUUCCCUGCAGUCUGAUGCAAGUGGCUCCAGUGGCAGUUCAGUCCUAAAUGUUUUGGGGGCGAGAAAAGUUGAUGCAGAAUCUGUACUGUUAGCCUUGGGUUUUGGACCUAGUGAAAAACAACAAAAGUUACAGAGAAUACCAGAUAGAUUUUUAGUUCCAUCAAAGCUCAAAGGUAUCAGCACAGAGCAGUUUAUAAAAAAUGAACAUCACUCCAUGAAAAUGCAUGAUUGCGGAGUUUUUGGAUACAGGGGUCUGACAGGGAAUCCUCAUGUUCCACCGUCGACAAUUGUAGCUAAGAUAAUCGACUGUCUAUUGCAAGACGAAAUGUGCCGCGAAGAAGCUUUAACGAGGACGAGACAUUCUAUUGCCGAUAUGCGCAGCGCGCCGGCCAUCCACGCCCAUUUAGCGGCACGGCUACACAGUGCGUGA